AUGAGUUUCCGCAAGGAGGAUGGCGUGAGCAGCCUGUGCCAGAAGGCACUGCACAUCAUCACCGAGCUGUGCUUCGCGGGCCAGGUGGAGUGGGACAAGUGCUCGGGCAUCUUUCCCGCCGAUAGGGCCAGCCAGGGAGGAGGUGGCACAGAUAUUUCAGUCAGCCUUUUAGCAGUUGUCGUAAGCUUCUGCGGCCUAGCCUUGUUGGUUGUCUCCCUUUUCGUCUUCUGGAAGUUGUGCUGGCCAUGCUGGAAGAGCAAGCUCGUGGCUCCCAAUGUCAGUGCCCUUCCACAGAGCACCUCAAGUGCUCCAACGGAGGUUUUUGAGACUGAAGAGAAAAAAGAAGUAGAAGAAAAUGAAAAGCCAGCUCCGAAAGCUAUUGAACCUGCAAUAAAAAUCAGCCACACUUCCCCUGACAUCCCAGCGGAAGUUCAGACCGCUCUAAAGGAACAUUUGAUUAAACAUGCUCGUGUGCAAAGACAAACCACUGAGCCUACAUCUUCAUCCCGCCACAAUUCCUUCAGGAGACACCUACCAAGGCAAAUGAACGUCUCCAGUGUUGACUUUAGCAUGGGCGUCGAACCUGUUUUACAAAGAGGAGAGACGAGGACCAGCAUUGGGAGGAUCAAACCAGAGCUCUACAAGCAGAAAUCGGUUGACUCCGAGGGCAACAGAAAAGACGAUGUCAAAACCUGUGGGAAACUUAACUUCACGCUCCAGUAUGAUUAUGAAAACGAACUCCUAGUCGUUAAUAUUGUCAAAGCUUUAGAGCUCCCAGCUAAAGAUUUUACAGGCACUUCUGAUCCUUACGUGAAGAUCUAUCUUCUGCCAGACAGGAAAAAGAAAUUUCAGACGCGCGUCCACAGGAAGACGCUAAACCCCCUGUUUGAUGAGAUAUUUCAGUUUCCAGUGGCCUAUGAUCAGCUAAGCAACCGGAAACUACACUUUAGCAUAUAUGAUUUUGACAGAUUUUCCAGGCACGACAUGAUUGGGGAAGUGAUUCUUGAUAACUUAUUUGAAGUCUCUGAUCUCUCCAGGGAAGCCACGGUGUGGAAAGAUAUCCACUGUGCUACCACGGAAAGCAUAGACCUGGGCGAGAUCAUGUUUUCCCUUUGCUACCUGCCAACUGCUGGGCGGAUGACUUUGACAGUGAUCAAGUGCAGAAAUCUGAAGGCAAUGGACAUUACCGGGUCAUCGGAUCCUUAUGUCAAAGUGUCUUUGAUGUGUGAGGGCCGACGACUUAAAAAACGGAAAACGACUACAAAGAAAAACACUCUCAAUCCUGUGUACAAUGAAGCCAUUAUUUUUGACAUCCCUCCAGAGAAUGUAGACCAGGUCAGCCUGUGCAUUGCCGUCAUGGAUUAUGACAGGGUGGGACACAAUGAGGUCAUAGGCGUGUGUCGAACUGGACUAGAUGCGGAGGGUCUUGGGCGAGACCACUGGAACGAAAUGCUGGCCUACCACCGGAAACCGAUCACACACUGGCACCCCCUGCUGGAGUUACCUGGCCGGGCAACCAGCUUUGAUAGUCAAGGAUCCUGUUCUUCUCCAAGACUACCAUCCACACCAUAA